UGUCAUGUCGUCGUACAACCUUCGUGCAUAAUCCUCCAUCAUACAGUUCCAUGAUAUUUUCCUCCACGGCAGUGUUAAAAGUUAUAAAAAAAAUGUAAAAACCACAUAUUACAACCAUCUCAUCGUGCUUGCAUGUUAUUAAAAUUCAUUGGAUUGGCUAACUAUACAUAAAGUGAACGAGUUAUGUACUGUGCGGAUGGAGCAAAACUUACGAGAAACCCUAGUCUCAGCACAAGAUACUUUAGGAGGCCGUAGGUUUUAGCUCCACCCGCACAGUACAUAACUCGUUCACUUUAUGUAUAAAAACUUUCCAUCAGUAACAAUUGAACCAUUUGUAAUACUUCAUCAAAAACUUUAUUUUUACCGACUUGCUCUCAGAUCCGAAAAAAACAUGAUAAAUUUAUUGUGCAGUGUACUAUUAAUUUGUAUCACACAACAAGCAAUUUGUUCUCAUUUGUCCAAACACCCUGUUUUGUUAACGGUAUCGUUCGAUGGAUUUCGUUACGACUACAUGUCCAAGGCGGAUAUGCCCACCCUGAGGGUUAUUCAAGAAGAGGGGGUUUCUGUACCUUAUAUGAAAGCACAAUUUCCAACCAAGACGUUUCCAAAUCAUCAAUCCAUUGCGACAGGUGUCUAUCCCGACAUUCAUGGAAUUACUGAUAACACCGUGUACGAUCCUAUGUAUGGGAAGAAGCUUAGUGGGUUCAGUGAUGAUCCUGCAUUCUGGAACUACAGUCCGGAUGUUAUUCCAUUUUGGAUACGCAACGAGCAGGCUGGCGAAAAAAGAUUUAGCGGAUGCUACAUGUGGGCAGGGUCAACACAGCGUUAUGGCCCAGCCCAAUUACUCCCAACUUAUUAUAUUCCGAAAUAUAAUGGAUCCGUACCUUGGGAAGAAAGGGUGGAAACAGUGAUUUCAUGGAUGACCGAUCCAGAUAAACCAGCUAACAUGGUAUUCCUCUAUCACAAUGAGCCGGAUUCUAGGGGUCACACUUCAGGGACGGACGAUCCUGAAACCAUAGCGGAAAUCAAGAAAGUGGAUCAACGCGUAGCUCAUCUGGUCCAGAGAUUAAAAGCGUCUGGAAUAUACGAAAAAAUUAAUUUGGUUAUUCUCAGCGAUCACGGCAUGCAAAAUGUUCACAAAGAAAACAUGAUUAACACCACCGGUUUCGCUGACCCUCAAACCUACUUUAGAAAUGGAAAUAGUCCAGUGUUUCAUAUUAAACCAAAAAACAAAAAUGACACGGCACAGAUUUAUGAAGCUUUUCGUACCGCAUCAAUCGGUAAAAAUUUCAGUGUUUAUAGAAAGAACGAUCUUGGCCAUCUAAAGUAUGGCAAGAGCCGUAGGAUUGCUGAUAUCGUUCUUCUGGCUGAUCCUGGGUAUGGAUUUGAAGACUUGAGAUUCAACGAUGCUGGCGUCACUGGAGUGCAUGGCUAUGACAAUAAUAAUCAAAAUAUGACCGCAAUAUUUAUGGCAAGGGGGCCUAAUUUUAAGCGAUCUUUUAAGUCUUCAGUUCCAAUAGAAAAUGUAGAUUUGGUGGCAUUAUUUUCAAAAAUCAUGCAAGUGCCCCUUCCUAACACUGCGUUUAAUGGCACUGCAAAAACGGUAUCAGAAUUUUUAACUACUGCAAAUGCGUCGUCAAACAGAUUAAACUGGAAUAUGAUGGGUGUGAUAAUAUCCAUUGCAGUACUUAGGAUUAGUAUGGAGUAUCUGUAGAGCAGAUAAGAUGCUAAUAAUUGUAUUUAUAAAUUCAUGUUAUUUUGGUUCUUUGCAAGGCAAUAAUAAAAUAUAAAUAUAUUUUA